AUGCCUCAACUACAUACAGACAGUGUCACAUACUCACAACUUACCUUUAAGUAUCAAGGUCGCGAACGCACAACGCCGGUCGAUUUGAACCUAUCCUGGCCAUUCUUCUAUCCCCACAGGAUGAUCAAAUCUACUUGUAGUUUACCGGAAUCCUCCCCAACUGUUAAUAAAUCAAACUGUGAUAACAAUGGUCAACGCAAUACAGUUGGUAGUUUAAAUAAUGUUGUCGUUGUUACAAUCCCAUCAGUUAACCUGACUAAUUCGUCUACACCGGUCAUUGUUGCUAGUCAAUCAAUUAAUACCAUGUCUAAUUCUUGUCGUAAUUCUCGAACUAAUGGUAAUUACAACUGUUCAUGUAAAGAGUCAGCAUCUCAUCAUUCUCAUCGUUCAAAUCAUUUUACAUCUGGUGUUCAUUCCUCACAUUUUCAUCAUCAUAGUAAUCAUCAUCAUCAACACCAUCAUCAUCAUCAUCAUCAUCAUGCUAAUCACAAGGAAAAUUAUACUUCACAUAAUAUUGUUGAAUGUAAUCAUUCAUCAUCUGCUAUUGGGACAGCAGGUAAUGGAACUAGCUUAAAUCAUCAUUACUCUUCAUAUUACUCUACAUCUCAUCAAACUGUUCCAACUUUUCAACAAAAUAGAAAACAUAAUUCAUUCCAUGGUAAAUGGAAACCAGGAAUAAGUAGACAUUUACAAGAGUUCAUGAUCAGUCAAUGGGAACAAUUUCAUGCACAUUUGUCACAUUCGAAUUAUAUUGAUGCGAAAUCAUGUUGUUUCGAAGCAACACCAACAACAACGACUACACUGACAACAACAGUAGUUAUUAUCAACCAACCCACCACUCUUUGUGAUUCUAACAAUAAUGACAGUCCAUUAUCAUCAAAUGAUAUGACUUCAUCAAGAACCAGUCUGUCUGAUAAUUCUUCAUCAGGGCAAAUUACUAACGCCCAAUCUACGGAUAAUAAUAAUAAUGGUAAUAAUUCUCCUUCGACAAUCGAAUCAAAUAUUGUUGAUCGCAGUAGUAGUAGCAGCAGAGGAAAUGAUUUACCUAUCACACUAACUACUACUCACACUACUACUACUACCACUACUGUUGCUAGUGAUAUUACACAUGAACCCAGUAGUAGUAGUAGUAGUAGUAGUAAUAGUAGCAAUAAUAAUGUCAGUAUUAAUAGUUGUGGUAGUUAUCCUAGACGUAAACAAAGCUAUGGAUAUGUUACAAACCAAAUAGGAAAAUCUAUGAAUGCAGGUCCAUUAGGAUGGAAAAGAAAUCAAAAUUCAGGAAGAAAAAACUCCUCACCUGGCAAUUUCAGCAGUCGAUGUCCAAUAAAUUACUUCACUAGUCGAAACUCUUCAUUCAUCAUGUCUACUACUACUACUACAACUUCAAAUAAUCUACUUCCUGUAGUUGUUACUUAUACUUCAUCAUCUACUACACUAACAACAACAACACCAUCAAGAAUAGUUGAUUCAUUAAAUAUCAAUCAAAUGAACAUCCAUCCUGUAACAACUGUACCUGAUCAACCUAAUACACAGAGUUCAAAUGUAAUCGAUUUCAAAACUACCACUUCAAUGCGUGUCAUAUCAUCAUCAUCAUCGUCAUCAAUAUCAGAGAUUUCUAUACAACAAAACGUUUCUUCUUCUUCUUCUUCUCCUCCUCCUCCUAUAUCUAGUUCUACUUAUGAUUCAAUUGCUAAAGUUGAUGAUAUAAGCAACUCAUCAACUGUAACAAAUUCAAUAAUGAAUCCACAAAACUUGGAAAUAAAAACUGAGAAUAUUGAUAAAGUUUCAGAACAACAACAACAACAACAUCUGUCAAAUUUACAUCUUACCAGUAAUGAUAAUAAUAAUAAUAAUAAUACUGUUGAUCAGUUGAACGAAGAUAUUCCAGUUGAUAAAUCAUCAUCACCUAAAGAAGAGAGAGUAUUAACUAGUACAUCAAUUCUAAAAGUUGACGAAGAAAUUGCACAUUCGAUUAGCUGUGGAAAAAUUGAAGAAGGUGAAUGUUACUGGACUCCAGAUCCUCCUGCCUCUCCUAAUAAUAAUACCACUUCACAUCAUGAAAACCACUAUUCCAGUAGCUAUCAUUCAGUCAGUUUAUCUCCAAGUCCUCCUAGACUAUCAGCUUCAAUGCCAAGCUCAAAUGAUCUGCAAAGUAUUGUCUACCAUCCACCGCUUAGUAUCCACACAGAGUUAUCUUCAUUGCCAGAUUUUCAUCGGUGCAAUCAACCAGGAGAUUCUCCAUUUAUCUCUUCAUCUAAUAAUAGUAGAUUAGAAAGCCUCAACGAUGUUGAUUAG